AUGGACUUCCUGGCGUCAGCUUGCCUGGUCUGCCCUCUGUUGGAGUGCCUUCUGUUGGAGUACCGUCUAUUGGUCUUCCUUCGGCAGGCCUGCCUUCUGGUGUACCUUCUGUUGGCCUUCCUUCCACCGGUCUGCCUUCCCACUGGCCUCCCAAGCGCAGCUCUUCCAAGCAUUAACCUGUCCAACCCCAUUGGCCCGAGCAUCGGCGUACCCAGUGCUGCCAUUCCAAGUCUGGGCUUACCAAGCGCUGCCCUGCCCAGUGGGCUGUCCAACAUCGCUCUGCCCAGCAAUGUUGCACCCAGUGCUGUGUUGCCCAGCAUCCUUUCCAAUGCCGGCCUACCCAGCAUUCUUCCAAGCGCAGGCCUGCCGCUCUCGAGCAUCGGCCUCCUCAGCGCCAGCUUGCCUCUCAGUCUUGGUCUGAGUCUACCGAGCUCUGGCGGCCUACUGGGCCUACCCACAGCCGCUCUCCCCAGCAUAGGCCUACCCGGCCUCGGCCUCCCCGGCCUCGGCCAGCCCCUGCCGAGUGCCCCUCAACAACUCAGCACUUUUGUAUCCAGCGUCCGGUUAUCCAGUGUCGCCCCUAUACCUGGUGUAUCUGCGCCGAGCGUCGCCAGUCUACUGCCCAGUUCUGCGCUGCUGUCCAACAUCGGUUCCAGCGUCCCUUCGCUCCCCGUUUCCGUACUACCCAGCGUCGGCUCAAGUCUCAUCGCACCCGUUGUUUCGAACCUCGGGAUCGUGAGCAGUGCGCUGCCGCAAUGCCAGUCUGCCUGGAAUCAGCCUCCCGAGCGUCGGCGCCCCAAGCAUUGCUUUGCCGAGUGCACCAAGCUUGGGCCUACCUUCAUCUGGGCUUCCAAGCAUUGCUCUUCCAAGCACAGGUAUUCCGGGAGUGAGCUUGCCAGGGGUCUCCCGUCGGCAGCACUGUCAAGCCUUGCUGCGCUGCCAUCAAGCCUCCGCGUCAGCAUACCCUCAGCUGCGGUUCCAAGUGUCGCUAUUCCCACUGCCGGUCUGUCAUUGAGCGCCGCGCUGUCCGCCUCAUUACCAGGAAUCUCCGUGCCCAGCGUCGGCCUCCCAUCUCUCGCCGUACCCAGCAUCCAAGCACCAAGUCUCGGAGGCCUCCUACCAGGCGUCCUCCCACCAGCGCCCCUCAGCGCCCUCGCCCCCAGCGCCCCUCCAGCCGCAUCAUCCCUCCUCAACAACAACAACCCCACCGCCCCCAGCUCCCAAAGCCUCUACCCGCUCCCCACCCGGCUGACCAGCCUCAACAUCCCGACAUCAGCACAGGCACCAGCCUCCGCCGCGCCAUCCAACCCCGCCUCGGCGCCACUAGGCAUCGGCUUCCUGCCCACCGAGUUCCCAGACGAGCCGACAGCCAUCAUGACGUCGAUACCCGAUCUGGAAGCCUUCUACUCGCAGCUCUUCAACAGCCCGUUCGGGCUGCCGACCGUCUUCCCGCCCGAUGCAACCGUCACGGCGCCCAUCCCGCUGCAGUCGGCGCUCUCCGACUUCUUCGGCGCGCUGCCGCCAGAGUUUGCGCCGCCGAUACUGAGCUCGGCGCUGCCGAGUAUUGUGAGCGCGUUUGCGAGCGAUCCGCCGAGGUUGGUGUCGGCGUUGUCGAGUCUGGUGAAUGUGGCGGCGCCGUCGCUGGGGUUGCCGGCGUCGCUUACGAGGGUUCUGCCGAGUGUGCUGGCUGCUUCGUCUGUGGGUGUGCUGCCGUCGAAUGUUCUUUCUGCGUUGCCGUCGAAUGUGCUGCCUUCGGGUAUUGUGCCUUCGGGUGUUGUUCCUUCGGGUAUUGUACCUUCGGGUGUCUUGCCUUCAGGUGUAGUACCUUCUGGUGUUUUGCCACCCAACCCGGUUUCGAAUCUGGCAUCAAACAUCCUACCGUCCAACAUCCUGCCGACUACCCUCCUGACAAUCGUCAGCCCGCCAAGCGCAGCUCUGCCGUCAAACAUUGCUUCUGCUCUCAAUCCAGUGGUGCCGGGCCUUGGAUCUGCCUUGCCUUCAAAUCCUCUUGGAUCCAUCGCCUCAGCAGUUCCCUCACUCCCUGCGGGCUUACCUUCUCAAGGCCUCAGUGCUCUAAAUCCAGUUGCUAGCCUGCUCAACCCAGUCCUUGGCCCGUCUUCACUCGGCGGUCUCGUCCCCCCAGUCCUCUCAGCACUCGCACCAUUGCAACCACCAGUUCCAUUAUCCAACGCCGCCUCCAACCUCAACAGCGCUGUCCCCGCCCUGAGCAACGCCCUGCCAAGCAAUGUUGCCUCCGCUCUCCCGGUCAGCAAUCUCGCCUCUGCUCUCCCAAGCAACGUCGCUUCUGCUCUUCCAGUUAGCAACAUUCGUUCCGCCCUCCCAAGCAACGUUGCUUCUGCCCUGCCGAGUAAUAUUGCGUCUGCCCUCCCGGUUAGCAACCUCGCCUCCGCUCUCCCAAGUAACGUUGCCUCCGCCCUACCGAGUAACAUUGCCUCUGUCCUUCCGGUCAGCAACCUUGCCUCAGCGCUCCCAGUUAGCAAUCUUGCUUCAGCGCUCCCGAGCAACGUCGGCUCUGCUCUCCCGAUCAGCAACCUCGCUUCUGCUCUUCCAGUAAGCAACGUUGCCUCUGCCCUUCCAGUUAGCAAUCUCGCCUCUGCUCUUCCGGUUAGCAACGUUGCUUCCGCUCUUCCAGUUAGCAAUGUCGCCUCCGCUCUACCAAGCAACCUUGCCUCUGCGCUCCCGGUCAGCAAUGUCGCCUCCGCCCUACCGAGUAACAUUGCCUCUGCCCUGCCGAGCAACAUUGCCUCCGUUCUCCCAAGCAACGUUGCUUCCGCCCUGCCAGUUAGCAACCUCGCCUCCGCUCUUCCAGUGAGCAACCUCGCCUCUGCCCUGCCGCCGAUCAGCAACGUUGCUUCCGCUCUUCCAGUUAGCAACAUUGCUUCCGCUCUUCCAGUUAGUAAUGUAGCCUCUGCGCUACCGAGCAAUAUUGCCUCUGCCCUGCCGAGCAACAUUGCCUCCGCUCUCCCACCAAUCAGCAACCUCGCUUCCACCCUCCCAGUCAGCAACAUCGCCUCCGCCCUCCCAAGCAACAUCGCCUCCGCCGUCCCGACCAACCUCGCCUCCGCCAUCCACCCCCUCGCCACCAUCGUCUCGCAAGUCGGCGAACUGCUCACCAGCGCCAACGCCGUACCCUCGCUGCUCUCGCACAUCGGCUCUGACGUCGGCGAAGUGCUGACGCACGGCCCGAGCGCGGUGCCAUCCCUUCUGUCCAACCUAGCGUCCAACCUCGCCGGCCUGCCGUCGAAUGUGGUGACGCCGCUGCUCUCAGAGGUUGGCCAGGUGCUGUCGAACCCGGCUGCGCUGCCGUCGGCGUUGGGGGUUAAUGUUGGGUCGGAGUUGGAUGGUUUGUUAAGGCCGAUUACGGCUGGCGGUCUGCCGGGGUUGCCUGGUGGCUUGCCUUCGCCGGGUUUGCCUUCGGGCGUGGUGCCGUCGGGUGUUCUGCCGUCUGCGGGUCUGCCUUCGGUAGGCGUGCCAUCUCUUGGUGUUCCGUCCGUAGGCCUCCCCUCGGCUCCUAUUCCUUCCAGAGUACUGCCAUCCGAGGUUCUGCCUUCUGUAGGUCUGCCGUCGACUGGUCUUCCAUCGAUCGAAUUGCCUACACGAGCACUCCCAUCUGUAGGCCUUCCAACGGCAGGCCUUCCAUCUGCUGCUCUUCCUUCAGCAAUACUUCCAACGGCAGGCCUUCCUUCAGCCGCUCUCCCAUCUCAGGUCAACGCGAUUAACUCGCUCGUUGACGAACUGGAUGACCUGGAUGAUGUGCUCACGCAACCAGCCGCACUAACUUCUGCCGUUGCUGCACUUGAGUCCCAUCUCGCUGCACUUCCAUCUAACCUGAUCCCGCCGAGCCUCCUCAAUCCAAUCAUUUCAGAACUAGGAGAUCUCCUUACGGAACCAGCCGCUGCUCUCCCCUCAGCCAUCGAUGACUUGCAAUCCGACCUUGGCGAAAUCCUGACAGGCGGCCCACUUGGUGGUCUCCUCGGCCCGAGCGGAGUCUUGCCACUUCCAGUCUCGAACCUCCUUCCUCAAGCACCGAGUGCCGUCGUUCCGUCCCUCGGCCCUUCGCUCCCGGCACUUUCGGGCUUGCCUCUGCCAGUGUCAAACCUGGCCCCAAGUGCACUGUUGCCAUCCCUCGGUCCGAGUGCUCCACUUCCAGAGCUACCUCUCCCAGUAUCGAAUCUGGCGCCGAGCGCGGCGUUGUCAUCCCUCCUGCCUGGUGCUUCACUCCCAGCCGCUUCGAUUCUGCCUCCUCUGCCAGUCUCGAACCUUGUUCCUCAGGCACCCAGCGCUGUCCAACCCGUCGUCAGCAACCUGCUUGGAGCAGCCUCCCCCAGUGCUGGUGGCAUCUCGUCACUGCUCGGCCAAGGGCCGGGAAGUCUCUUGGGUAUCAGCCAACCUGCGGCGGCUCUCCCGAGUGCUGCGGCGAACGCUCUCAGCAUCGGACUGGAUAUCGUUGGUGGCCCCGUCACGACAGGUACACCCGGCCUGGGUAUCUCACUUGCGCCUGGUCUAGCCCAGGUCUCUGUGCCUGGCUUGGGCGUGUCUCUCGGUAUUGGAGGCUUGUUGCCGAGUGCUCUGGCACCUCAGGCCCCAGUUAGCAGUAAUCCUGUUGGUGGGCUCCUGGGCGGUCUACUUGGUCCCGCUCCUGCUGCUCCUGCAGCUCCUGUGCAGCCGAGCAGCAAUGUCGUAGCGGCCCCGGCCUCUUCCCCAGUAGCUCAGAGCUCUGCGCCCGUAGCCCAAAACGCAGCCCCAGUUAACAACAAUCCUCUCGGUGGUCUCCUGAACCCGCUGCUUAAUCCCGCUCCUGCUCCCGCACCUGCUGUACAGCCGAGCAGCAAUGUCGUAGCGGCUCCGUCCUCUGCGCCAGUAGCUCAGACAUCUGCACCAGUAGCUCAAACCUCUGCACCAGUAGCUCAGACCUCUGCGCCGGCAGCUCAAAACGCAGCUCCAGUUAACAGUAAUCCUGUUAAUAAUCUCCUGGGCGGCCUGUUUGGUCCCGCUCCUGCACCUGCACCUGCUGUACAGCCGAGCAGCAACGUCGCGGCCGUUCGACCUAGCAGCAGUGCCCCGGUCCAAAGCAGUAACGCUCCCGCUGCUCUCCCAAGCACCAACAGCCCAACCGCCGCCGUUCAGCCCAGCAGUAACCCGCAAGCCGCUCAGUCAAGUGCCCCGGGGCAGCCUGGUAGCAAUUCUCCCGCCGUUCAGCCCAGUGGUUCUCCCAGUGUAGCCCCAGGCGGCUCGUCAGUCCCGCCACAACCCUCGAGCAAUCCUCCGGUUACGGCAGCCUCUCCAAGCAGCAUCAUCCAUACCUCCUCAGCGAGCCUUCCAAGUAGCAACGCGUCUCCGGCUGCUGUUCCGUCCUCGAUCGUUCCAGCGCCGCCCGCUGCUCUGGCAAGCAACCCUGCUUCAGCGGUCAGCAAUAACAGCCCCCUAGGGAGUCUCAAUGCCCCCUCAUCAAACCCUGUUGCUGCUGUUCCCGCAAGUAGCGCUCCAGCCAUCUCCUCUGCCAUACCUUCUAGCCCUACUCCAGCCGCCGUUGCUUCGAGCAGCCCUGCCAACAACAACCCUGUGAACAAUCUGCUCGGCGGUCUCUUCGGCAACCCCAAUAACGUUGCCCAGCCAAACCCGGCGGCUCCACCACCCAGCAGUGCUCCAGCUGCUUCUGCCGUUCCUCCCAGCAGCUCACCUGUCGCCACGCCUGCCAGUAGCAACGGCGCUUCAACCACCGCCAUACGUUCGAGCACUGCACCAGCCGCCGUUGCUCCGAGCAGCCCUGCCAACAACAACAACCCCGUAAACAAUCUGCUCGGUGGUCUCUUCGGCAACCCUGCGCCUGCUGCACCCGCUGCUCCCCCUGCUGCUCCCGUCAAUCAGGCGCAGGUAAACAGCAUCAACGUGUCCGGCCAACUCCAAGUAUCUGCCGGCGGAGCACCAACAGCAGCGGCAGUACAACCAUCCGCCGCCGCCGCCAACAACCCCGUGCCGAGCGCGAACACAGCGCCAGUCGCACCACUAUCACCCUCUAGCGCUGGAAACCCGUCGUCCGCUGUGGCAUCAUCAGCAGUUCAGCAGAGCGCGCCGAGUGCUGCCGCACCUUCUGCCGCGGCAAGCCCACCAUCCGCCCCUCCUGCCGGCCUUCCCCCAGUUGCAGCAUCUAACCCCGCUGCCACCGCCAACACGGUGAGCGCACCGCUGGCACCAGGAGGACCUCGCUUCAUCUGCGCCGGUCUCGACGGGACCAGGAGGAGGAGCGUCACUGCCAUCGCCUGCUACUGCUGCUGCGGUGCCGCCGAGCGUACCGCCUGCAGCGGCAUCAGCACCGCCGUCAUCGGGAGCAGCAUCGCCACCAUCAUCAGGAGGAGCAUCGGCGCCGCCGUCAUCAGGAGCAGCAUCGCCACCAUCCGCCUCGCAAUCACCUCACUCUACUACCGGAGCAUCCGCCAGCGCUCCCUCUGCAGCAUCAUCAUCACCAGCACCCAGCGCAGCGGGGCCAGGACCAUCGAGCCCUGCCGCACCCAGCGCGAGCGCACCAGCGGCAUCAGCGCCACCGAACAGCCCGUCGGCACAGUCGCAGCCCUCACAGGGAUCAUCGCAGCAAUCACUGGCAGCCCCACAGCCGCCGCCAGCAUCACAGCCGCCAGCAUCAUCACCGCUGCCCUCAUCCGCUGCUGCUCCCUCUGCCCCCGCCUCCGCUGCGAGCCCGCCAGCCUCUGCCGUGAGCUCGCCUGCUGCCUCAGUCUCUUCGCCCGCCGCCGGCGCUCCAGCUCAACCUCCACCCCCGGCCAUCGCUCUAUCGGCAUCCGCGUCCGGCGCACUAAAUAUUGGAGCACCGCCGGCAGGAGCUUCCCCGCCAGCAGGCUCUGUGCCAGCAGGCUCUGCGCCAGCGGCCUCCGCGCCAUCUGCUUCGCAGCCAGCGGCCUCACCACCGUCCGCAUUGCCACCAUCUGCUUCGCGACCAUCUGCGUCCCAGUCAGCAGCCUCUCCUCCAGCCGCAUCUCCACCGUCAUCUCAAUCCCCUGCAGCAAGCCAGUCAUCCGCCUCGCCGGUAUCGUCCAGAGCCACCGUCUCUUCUCCUACUUCAUCUACCGCCGCUGCUGCUUCUCCUGCUGUGUCCGUUUCGGCGUCAGGAGCGGUCGGUCUGAGCUUAGGAGGGCAGCCGCAACAACAACAACCAACGACGCUGCUAACGCAGACGCGGCCGCCUACGGCGAGUUCUGCGUCGCCAUUACCAACGACGUCGUCGGCGAGAGCGCCUGCAAAUAA